AUGAGCAAGGUAUACCCCGAGAGCGCGACACUGACGGCCACGAGCAACCCGUACCUCGACUUCUACCGCGACUUUGAGGCCAAGCAGCCCAAGGAGAUGGCGCGCCUCUUCGACCCGGAGCUCGACGACGAGACGCGCGAAGAGCUCUUCAACCUCCUCGACGAAAACGUCGCUGCCAAGUACUCGUGGGCUAUCCCGGACGAGCGCGCUCUCCGCAUCAUCAAGCAUUACGGACCGAUCGUCGAAAUGGGCGCGGGCAGCGGCUACUGGGGCCGUUUGCUGCAGCUGCGUGGCGUUGACGUCAAGUGCUUCGACUUGCAUGUGCCCGGGACGGCGUCGGCCAAGCAAGACUCGUCCGACGACGACGAAGAAGAGGCCGAGGAGCGCAUGACGUGGCUGAACGUCCAGCAGGGUACCCCCAAGGUCCUCAAGAAGCACUCGAAGCGCACGCUUCUGCUCUGCUACCCCGAUGACUUUGAGGACAGCGAGGAGUCGAUGGCGAACGAGUGCCUCAACUACUUUACGGGCGACACGAUCAUUCACAUUGGCGAGUGGCUCGGGCAAACCGUGUGCCUGCCCGAGCCGUGGGGCCGGACGUCGGCGCCCGAGUUCCAGACGCGACUCUCGGCGGUCUUCCACAAGGUGCUGCAGGUGCCGCUGCCGUCGUGGCACUCGAGCAUCGACACGCUCACGGUCUGGAAGCGCACCAAGACGUGCAUCAUGGACGAUGGUAUCUACGCCUACAUCCCGACGGACGAGCGCAUCGACCUCGCGCAGGCGAGCCCCAGCACGGCGCACCUCCUGUCGAAUGACGACGACGAAGAGAAGCCGGUGGCCAAGAAGGCCAAGACGCGCCGCUAG